AUGGCGACACGGAGCUGCGGCGGGGCCGGCCGUGCCUCCGCGCUCCCCCGCCGGCUCCUGCCGCUCCUGCCGCUGCUGCUGCUGCUGCCGGUGCCCGUUCCUGCCCGCUCGCCGCCGCUGCUGCUGCUCCGCGCCCCGCCGGCCCCCGCCGAGCCCCCGCGGGGCCGCCGCGCCGCGCCGCGCCCGCCCGAGCCCAUCCAGGUGUACGGACAGGUCAGCCUGAAUGAUUCCCACAAUCAGAUGGUCGUUCACUGGGCAGGAGAGAAGAGCAACGUGAUUGUGGCCUUGGCCAGGGACAGCCUGUCCUUGCUGGGCCCCAAAAACAGCGAUGUUUAUGUGUCCUAUGACUAUGGGAAGAGUUUCAAGAAGAUUUCGGACAGGUUCAGCUUCGAUGGAGGGAACAGCAGCGAGGUGGCCAUCGCCCAGUUCUACCACAGCCCUGCUGACAACAAGAGGUAUAUCUUUGUGGAUGCCUUUGCCCCGUACCUCUGGAUCACCACCGACUUCUGCAACACCAUCCAAGGCUUCUCCAUCCCCUUCCGAGCAGCUGACCUCCUCCUGCACAGCAGGAACCCCAACCUCCUCCUGGGCUUCGACAGGUCUCACCCCAAAAAACAGCUCUGGAAAUCAGAUGACUUUGGCCAGACCUGGAUAAUGAUUCAGGAGCACGUGAAGUCCUUUUCUUGGGGUGUUGAGCCCUAUGACAAGCCCAGCACGGUGUACAUCGAGCGCCACGAGCCCUCGGGGGCCUCGACCGUCAUCCGCAGCACAGACUUCUUCCAGAGCCGGGAGAACAAGGAGAUCAUCCUGGAGGACGUGCAGGAUUUCCAGCUCAGGGACAAAUACAUGUUUGCAACCAAGUCUGUGCGUUUGCUCGGCAGCUCACAGCCCCCCUCAGUCCAGCUCUGGGUCUCCUUCAACCGCAAGCCCAUGCGGGUGGCACAGUUCGUUACCAAGCAUCCCAUUAAGGAAUAUUACAUUGCUGAUGCCUCGGAGGACCAGGUGUUUGUGUGUGUCAGCCACGACAACAACCGCACCAACCUCUACAUCUCGGAGGCUGAGGGCCUGAAGUUCUCCCUGUCUCUGGAAAAUGUGCUCUACUACAGCCCAGGGGGAGCAGGCAGCGACACCUUGGUCAGGUACUUUGCCAACGAGCCCUUCGCGGAUUUCCACCGUGUGGAAGGCGUGCGGGGCGUCUACAUCGCCACGCUGAUCAACGGCUCCUUCAGCGAGGAGAACAUGCGCUCCGUCAUCACCUUCGACAAGGGCG